AUGGAUCCUCUUCACAAGAGCCCAUCCUUUGCAAGCUCUCGAGCCACAUCAGCCACAUUUCCUCUCUCCAAAAGCUCCACUCGAAGAACGCAACUGAGUGACCAACAAUCCACCCCAGAGGAACUCUCCGCAGUCAACACACGCGAAAGCAGGACCGGCAGACACUCCCGCCGACCCAGCCGCUAUGGCUUAGACGACCGCGGAAUCUCUCCCAAGGGGGCGACUUCACACGCUUCGUCUUCGUCACGACGAACCCGCCUGUCCUCUCCGUCUCGGCAACCGGUCGAGUUCGUCGGAUAUGAUGGCUCACGGUCCCAACCCCAUAAACACAGCAAGUCGCGAGAGCUACGGCUUCCUCGUCAUAUGAGCCAUUUGGCGUCCUCGGCCACUGCGAGGGGACUCUUGCCUACGUGGUCUGGUGGGAGGGAUAAAGACCGUGAUGGGGAUGAUGGAUUGUUGAGACCGAUUACAAGGGAAACCACGAGAUCGAGAUGGGGGUCGGAUUCGACCGGGCCGGAUGGGAGCCGCAGAGGGAGUUUGUUCGACCUGCCUGAGCAGGAGCGUUUGGGCCCGAUACGACGGCAGGAGAUUCAAUCGCCGGAAGACUUGGAGAGGGUAAGAAAGCGUAGGAAACAGGGGGAAGAGUAUCUACGGUCUGCAUUGGCUUCAAUUGGAACGUUGGCGACGGAUGUUACGCGUCGACUGGACUACACCUAUUACAAUCUACUUGAGAAGAUCACCGCGCUCAACUCGACCAUCUCGUCUUUUCAGGAGCUAUCUGAUUCGGCUUCGACGCUCCUGGGCAACUUUGAACGUGAAACUGCCGGGUUAGACCAAGAUAUUCGAAAACAGAUCAGCGACCUUAAAGGAUUUGAACCGCAGAUUGAAAAAGCAGACGCGUUACAUGCGCGCAUGAAAACAGGCCGACAGCGAGUGGAAGAAUUAGACAAGAGACUUGAGACCGUACGACAUGAAAUUGAUAGCUGGGAACAGCGCGAAACUGAGUGGCAAACACGCACCAGUCGUCGUCUGCGCAUCUUCUGGGGCAUUGCCACUAGUGCACUUCUUGUGCUUGUGCUCGCUCUCGUCUUCCAGAACUGGCCACCAUUCCAGUCCCCCGACGCAUUGUUGUCACAUCUGACGGCGUUGAACCAAUCUUCUGUGCCACUCCAGUCCGAUACAUGGGAUUCAUUCCUCGGUCUAGAUGGCACAGGAAAAGGGUCUGCUGCAGGGGCCUCGCCGUACCCAUCCAGCCUUGCAGAUCGCCGCAAGAGCCUGGCAAAGGCUGGCCCUACUACCUCGACAGAGGUCCGGACCGGACCCGAUACUUUGCCUACAGAACAUGAUCCGCUGAAAGUGUUGGAUGAAAUAUGA